GCUCUCGCUGCAGUGGUGCAGCAGCAGUCGGCUGCAGGGCUGCGUGUGUGUGCGUUCCGCCGCUGGGUGUCUUCACUCUGCGGCUGCACUGUAAACAAAAAAAGGGUAGUGUAGGCUGGUCUGCCCGUGCUUUCCGGAAACGAUGGUGUAAAACAUGGGACGCAUCUCGGGUCAGCAGCUGAUCCUGCCUCAUACCCAGCACAGAGGCUCGCCUAGGAGCCCUGGCUGUUAGUCUGCGGGAACAAUAGGCUGCGAAGAGAGUGAAUCAAACAGGCACCGCGCGUCCAAACGGGACAGCCCUCUGAAUCCGUUUGACUGGAACGCUUAAAGGGGGCUGGAGUACGCCCGAGCGCUCGUUUUGGCUCUGGUGAGACCUUGAACGUUGCAAGCUGGCCCGAGCCAAGUUGAUGCUGGUAGGCACUGCCCAUUUGCUCUCCCCGCCACCUGCUUCUGCACAGCUUCUUUAGCCGCCAUGGCUAUGAGCAGUGACGCUGGCUGUGAGAGGCUGGACCCAAAUUCUUCUGCACAGACCAGCGGUCUCACAGACAUCAUGGCCGCCAUGACAACAAAAGAUUCAGAAGGCUCUGCUACCAUCAGCGCGAGGCACGGUGGUGCUCAGCAGGAUGUGGCUCAGGCCAAGCGGCCUCUUCCAGCACGGCCGCACCUGACUGGAAGGAAGCUGUCUCUGCAGGAGAGGACCCACAUCUCCCCUCGCAGACCCACAGUGGAGUGUAAACGUGUGUCCAUAUCUGACUCUCAGGACUGUAUCCAGCUGAACCAGUAUAAGCUGAAGAGUGAGAUUGGAAAGGGCUCCUAUGGUGUAGUAAAACUUGCCUACAAUGAAGACGAUGACAAACAUUAUGCCAUGAAGGUGGUGUCCAAGAAGAAGUUAAUGAAGCAGUGCGGGUUUCCUCGUCGCCCACCCCCCAGAGGACCGAAGGCAGCCCUAGGAGAGCAGCCCAAAAUCUUAGGACCCCUGGAAAGAGUCUACCAAGAGAUUGCCAUCCUUAAAAAACUGGACCAUAUCAACAUUGUCAAGCUGGUGGAGGUGCUGGAUGAUCCAUCAGAGGACAACCUUCACAUGGUGUUUGAGCUGAUGCGCAAGGGUCCAGUGAUGGAAGUGCCCACGGAUAAUCCUUUCUCAGAAGAGCAAGCUCGCUUAUACUUCAGAGACGUGAUCCUAGGCAUAGAGUACUUGCACUACCAGAAGAUCGUCCACCGGGACAUCAAACCCUCUAACCUGUUACUGGGGGACGAUGGCCAUGUGAAGAUAGCAGACUUUGGAGUCAGCAACCAGUUUGAGGGGAACGAUGCUUUGCUGUCUAGCACUGCUGGCACUCCAGCAUUCAUGGCACCGGAGACUCUUUCAGAUAAGCGCAAGAGCUUCAGCGGAAAAGCACUGGAUGUGUGGGCCAUGGGAGUUACCCUCUACUGCUUCAUCUUUGGAAAGUGCCCGUUUAUUGACGAGUACAUACUGGCUCUGCAUAAUAAGAUAAGGACCAAGCCUGUGGAAUUCCCAGAAACGCCAAAGAUCAGGGAAGAGCUGCAGAAUCUGAUCUUACGGAUGCUGGAUAAGAACCCAGACACCAGGAUCACCCUCCCUGAGAUCAAGAUGGACCCAUGGGUGACCCAGGGAGGUGCUGAUGCCCUGCCUCUGGAGGAGGAGCACUGCUCUGUGGUAGAGGUGACAGAGGAGGAUAUCCAGAACUCAGUCAAGUUCGUUCCCAGCCUCUCUGCAGUGAUCUUGGUAAAGGCCAUGCUGAGAAAGCGCUCCUUCAGCAACCCCUUUGAGUGCCCAAGCAGGCGAGAGGAGAGGUCCAUGUCUGCACCUGGUAGCCUGCUCAUGGACUCGUGGCCCUUCCGGCCCUCUUUUAAACUUCAGCCCUCGCUCAGAAAGGCCAGUACGGGAGAAGGACCCAGAGAAGGAGAGCUGGAGGACCUGCACGAAGACGAGCCCUCCUCUUGAGUCUUGAUGACACUCUCGUGAAUGGAGCUUUGUCUUAAAUGACAUCCGCUUUAUAUCCACUGUGCGCUUACACCUUCAUUCACACCUCUUCUUCAAAUUAGUCACACUGUACAAACGUAUCAUUCUGUACACAUGAAAUGUAAACUGAAUUGCUCGUGCACACAUCUUGAUGCUCAGGCUUGAGUCUCUUUUUGCCUCUUAUCAAUGCAGAAUGCUUUCUUACUCCGGUUCAUCUCAUUUUCCUUCUGCACUGUGGAGCUUCUGGAUUUUAGCCGCAUUGUUUCUCAUCUUAAUCAGUGAACCAAUGAGAGGAACUCUACCAGUUCUCUGGCUUAUCACCAGUCUAUAUUGCUGUUGUUGCCAAAGACAGGAACAUGUUUGACAGUGGGCCUUAAACUGUAAUAUAGGCAAAGACAGAUUUUUUAAAAGAUUUUUUCUCUCAUUAUGCAUGGUGAGUAAUUAGACCGCAUCAUCUGUCUGUCUCCAGCCACCUGUCACAGUCCUGAGGAGGGGGAAAAAAAAAAAACCCUUUUGAUACUCGUCACAGACUUCAGCAUGUAACUGACACUGUAUUGUCUCUUCAGUGAACUAAAAGGCUUUUAUUUCUGGUCAGUGACCAGUCAUUGUAAUAUUGUACAUAGAUCUUGUCUUGAGGUAUCUAUUGUGUUAUUGUCAAGCCCCUUUAAGCAUAUCUGUGCCAACCUUUAUUUUGAAGGAGUCAAAAAAAAAAAAAAAAAAGGGUCAAAGUCCUUCCUCUGCUGCCUUCAGGGACCUCGACUGACUGGAGGGGAGGAAAGUCAGCCGUCUGAAAGUGAUCAAGAGGGUGGCUUUGCUAUGCUUGAACAACAUUUCAAAGCGACUUUUCGAGCUAUGUCGUGUGAUUUUGUUUGCGUCCAGUUUCAUGUCACGCUUCUACUCCUAAUGUAUUACGUGUUGUCAGUCUGGUGAUUUCUGUUGUCUCUUUCCUUUCACACAAUGCUCUACUGUUGGAUUAUACAGUAUGUGAAGCAUUUGUGAUGGACUUUGAAACGAUUAGACGACAUCUUUUUGGAUGGCGAGUGGGAACAUACUGAAAAAAAUGAUGCAAUUCUGUAAACUUUGAAUAAGCCCUGUUCCAAUUUACAAGGUAUUUUUUUUUUUUUUUGCUGAUUUUAAAGCAUAAAAUAAUCUGUGUAUAAAUGAAUCAAUGUGUGCUCUUGUAGAAGACACUGAACCACGUUGUACAUUAUAAAAGGAGAAGCGACUGUACCCAAAUUAUUUUAAAGUGAAAUUAUGCAUGUAUCUUUUUGCUCAGGAAACACUGACCUUUUGUUUUCUUUCUUUUUAAAAAAAAAAUUUUUUUCCUAUUACUGAUGUUGAAGUGCAUUCACAAAAGUUAAACAAAAGGAAGACAUUGUCUCAUGACUAAGAUGAUCCUGAGCACAGCUGAACUUCCAUGAUAAUCAUCAGGUUUUUUAACAUUUAAGUAUCAAAUAAAUUUAGUGGUAGUUUCUCCCAUUAGGUCUAUCUAAGACCUAGUGGACCAUCACUGCAACUGACCAGUCACACUGUUUCUAUAUCAAAGUGACUCAGAACAUUCUGCCAGAAAAGCUUUAGGAAGUCAGCUGAACAACAGAAUGUGCAGGAGGACCAGGUUGUGCUGGAGGAAUGGGUUUAAUGCAGGACUUUCACCCAGGAGACUGGUGCUUUUGUCCCUUGUGAAGCUAAUUCAUUUUUUUUUUUUUUUUUCAGAAUCAGAAAUACUUUAUUGAUCCCAGAGGGAAAUUUCAGUUGUUACAGCUGCAACCAUUUAUCAUAUAAAAAAAAUAAACCCUAAUAAUUUGAAAACCAAAAAGAGAAAUUUGCAAUAUGUAUGCAAAAAUUCUUAUGAAUACACUAAAGUCAGAGGCUCUGGUGAUAAAUAUACAUCUGGAACAUAUUGUAUAAGCAGUUCAGAGUAUUGCGCCUCUGAGUUAUUGCACAACAUAAUAAAUUGCACAGAUGAACCAUAUGUCACCUAUUAAGGGAGGAGUUAUAGAGGUUGAUGGCCACAGGUAGGAAUGACCUCCUGUGGGGCAUUUGGUGGGAUGAGUCUUUCACUGAAUGUGCUUGUGUGUCUCAUCGCUGUGUUGUAGAGUGGGUGGGACCCAUUAUAGACCGCAUCCUCCUCUCCAACACUGCCAUCAGCUAGUCCAGCUCUGCUGCCAUAACACCACUGGCUUUGUGGAUCAAUUUGAUGAGACUGUUGGCAUCUGCCGCCCUCAGCCUGCUGCCCCGGCAUGCAACAGUAUAGAGGAUAGCACUCACCACCAUAGACUCAUAGAAGAUCCUGAGCGUUGUCUGGCAGAUGUUGAAGGAGCUCAGGGCUUCACACAAAGGUUAAUUAUGGAGUCCCACAGGGUUCUGUGCUAGGA